AUGUGGGUUAAUUUACUACAGGAGGAUCUAAAUAGAAGAAGCAGCAGCGGCAGCGAUAGGAAUAAUAAUAAGAAUUUAAUAGAGCCAAAGCAUGAGAGUUUGGAUUUUGAUUUGCCAAUUGAGAGUCUUCAGUCAACUCAAGUUGGGGAUGGUGUACCAAGUUCAUCUCGAAGCUAUUUAAGAUCAUUUUUCACUGAAAUGGGGUACUCGCAGUCUCUUGUCGACAGAGUGAUUGAAGAAAAUGGUGAAGACAAUGUUGACUUGUUAUUGGAGAUUCUCAUGGAAUGUUCUGAUAUUCAAAAGCCGAACUCUCAGUCAUCAGAUUCUUUAGAUUGCUUGUUUGAUGAUAGCGGGGCAAGCAAUCCUCCAAAGUAUUCAACAGUUACUGAAGUAAAAGAGGAGCCGGAUGUAUUUGAUGAUGUUUAUGAUGACAAAAGGUUGUCCUUACUGAAGAUGAAUUUCCCUCCCCAGGAAGUUGAAUUUGCAAUGGAUAAGCUUGGUGAGAAUGCUCCAAUCAAUGAAAUAAUGGACUUUAUCAUUGCUGCCCAGAUAGCUAAUAAUCUUGACAGGGAAACAGAGGAUAUGCAUAAUAUUGAAGUGGAGAAAAAAGAGGAUACCAAUGAUGAAACUCUAUAUGGAACCAUGGACAAAACACUCUGUUUGCUUGAUAUGGGUUUCUCUGAAAAUGAAGUUUCGUUGGUUAUUGAUAAGUUCGGUUCAAAAGUUCCAAUUACAGAGCUUGCCAAUGCAAUUUGUGCACAUCAACUUGGAGAAACCUAUGUUGUAAAGAAGCAGUAUUCUGAAAAUUCGACAGCAAGUUGCUCAAGUGCUGGAGAGGACAGCAGAUCCUUUGGUGUGGAGACAGAAAACGAGGCAAGACAUCACUCUUUUGGUACGGUGAAGUUAGAAACUGAGGAUUGUAGACGAGAUGCUAUUUUGAAGUCAAGAGAUACGAACACCAAGGAAACUCGUAAAGGAAAACGACCAAGACAAGAGCUCAUUAAAGGCUAUCGAGAAGCUCAGGUUAUGCAUGCUGGCCUUGAGGAAAACUGUACAGUUGAACAGCCAAAGCAAGAAUAUGACCAUGGUUCAAGUUCUUAUUUUGAACCUGAGUGGGUAGAAGAAAAGGUUAACCCUGACACUACCACAUUCGGAAUGGCAAAGCCAUUCAAAUCUAAUUCAUGCAGGAUUCUUGAUCAAAUUGCUGCUAAGCCUCCUUAUUUUUUCUACGGGAAUGUUGCAACUGCAUCUUCUGACACCUGGGGAAAAAUAUCCCAGUUCUUAUAUGGAAUCGAGCCUGAAUUUGUUGAUACUCAGUUUUUCUCGGCAUUAAGUAGGAGGGAAGGCUACGUACACAAUCUUCCUACUGAAAGUAGGUUUCACAUCCUUCCAAAGCCACCAAUUACCUUGGAAGAUCUGACGCCAAGUACAAAGAAAUGGUGGCCAUCAUGGGAUGCAAGGAAGAAGUUAAUCUGCAGAAAUUUUGAUAGCAGUGGAUCGUCUCAGCUCUGUGAUAUGCUUGGAAGGAUGCUGGAUGAUUCUCGUGGUUUGCUCUCAGCCGAACAGCAGAGAGACCUCCAUCGUCAUUGCCAGACAUUAAACCUAAUGUGGAUCGGCCCGAACAAACUAGCCCCUAUAGAGCCCACUCAUUUAGAGAAAAUUCUGGGAUACCCAUUCAAUCACACACUAAUUGCUGAUAUUUCUUUAACUGAAAGGAUGUACUCAAUCGGAUAUAGCUUCCAGACCGAUACAUUGGGGUACCAUCUCUCGGUUUUGAAGUUAAUGUUCCCACAGGGAAUAACAGUGUUGUCACUUUUCAGUGGGAUUGGUGGUGCAGAAAUUACUUUACAUCGUCUCGGCAUUCAUUUGAAAGGUGUCGUCUCUGUGGAAACUUCUGAAACAAAUCGAAGGAUCUUAAAGAGGUGGUGGAACAGCAGUGGACAGACUGGACGGUUGGAGCAAAUAGCAGAUAUUCGGAAGCUAACAAGCAAUACAGUUGAAGGACUGAUGGAGAAGUUUGGCUGUUUUGACUUCGUAAUCUGUCAAAACUCUUUUACUCAGCUAUCGAAAAUUCCCAAAGUGGGUUCAGGUGUAGAAAGCCAACAUAUUUUUGACUUCACGUUGUUUAAUGAGUUUGUUCGUGUUUUGCAACGUGUAAGGAGUACAAUCGAAAGAAAGAGGUAA